GCAGACCAAUCAGCUGUCACUGUGUGCGGCGGUGCAGCCAAUAGGAAAGCGCGUUAUACGAGCUCCUCGCGCCGUAUUUCCGGGGCUGCUUGAGGAAUGUAAACUAUUCAACAUGGAGACAGCAGUUGAUAAGCUGGAGGCGAUGUUCCAGAAGGCCGAGGCGGAUAUCGAGUACGUGGAGAAGCGUCUGAAGUUUGACUUCAUGACCAGCUCUAAGGAGAACAGCACUGCUGAGGGGAACCCUGUUCAGCUCCUGGAGAGUCUGGCGGCCGUUAAGGCUCGUCACGCCGUUCUGUGUGUACAGAUGGAGGAGAUCGCCGCUGAGCAGAAACGUUCGAUGGAUUCGAUCAGAUCUCAUCUGAACACCACGGUGAAGCUGGUGGAGGAGCUGCAGAACACAACAGACACCCAGACCCCUCCACUCACACAAGAAGAACAGGAAGCAAGAGAUUCCCUCUGUUCCUCAGUCACUGCUCUGUCUAUACAGGUGUCGUGUGACGUGUCCAUACAGCAGGAGACUAAGUCACAGGAAAAGUGCAGAGACCAAGUGAAAGACGUGGAGUUCGAAUCUGUUCCCCGGAGUGUACGUGGUAAUGUUAAACUUGGUGACCUCAACACCCUGUACACACAACUGACUGAACACUUCUCAUCAGAUAACAGAGCACCUCUGAGUUUGCAGAAGAUGAGGAAAUUGAACAUGAGAGUGAGCGAAGCUGCUAUUAAAACGCUGCAGUACCUCGGUCUUGUUGAGCUGGAUAAGAAAGGCUCCAUCCUUCUCUCCUUGUCCCACUGAGAAUAAACUCACCAGACUGAACAGACUGCACACUCGGAGCUAAUCAUGUCUCCUCUACCUGUCCCACUCGAGCAUGUAGACAGCGGCACUCAUUAACACUCUCCUUCAUUUCUACAAGCCUCAACAUUUAGACCUUCAUAUUACUGCGUUGUAACAUUUCAGGUGCUCAGAGUUUCUGACAGACGAGUGUACUGAGAGAGAGAGAGAGAGAGAGAGAGAGAGAGAGAGAGAGAGAGAGAGAGCGCAUACAAACACAUCAUUCUGUUCACCUUCCCCAGGUCAAUACUAAGCCAGGUGAAAACAGAGGUACAUUAUUUCUAAUUACACCACCAUCAGAACACAGUGAAGCAAAAACCCUAAAUAGCACAAUUUUUAUUCAAAAAAUGCAAAUUGUGUGGAAAUCUUAAUGUUUUUAUGUUAAUGAAUGUUUGUGUUAUAUUUCUGUGUGUGUGUGAAAUGUGUCAUUAAAGUCUGAACCACAA